CAGAAUGGACAAACCAAAACGCAAGUUCACCCCGUUCCGCGCGAUAAUGGCUUGCGGCCGGGAUUUCUGCCAGCAGACCUCCAUGCAUGGCUUUAUCCACAUAGCUGCUCCUAACCGGUGGUGGGGGGAGAGACUGCUGUGGGCGUUCGCAACGGCUGUAGCCAUCUGGGGAGCCGUGGAGAUAUCUCUGGGGCAGUGGCAGAGGUACAACGAGAACCCCACAGUGGUGGCGCUGGAGAAGGACUUCAGAUCCUGGGAGUUCUGCAUGCCUGGUCUCACACUCUGUGCUAUGAACAGAGUAGACGAAAAGAAACUACCCUCAGUAAUCAAGAAAUACUGGAACGUGGACGCCGAAGACCCGAAGUACGCCCGCUACGAGCAUUUCGUGCGAGACGUGGCCAACUCCAGCAUGCUACAUUUAAAGGAUCUCCUGCAGCAUGAGGGCGAAGACCUGGAGGUGGAUCUGUACCAACUUGCUGUUGACGUACUUCCGGAGUACAACAUAAAGCCUACCUGGUCCAUACCAAGUCUGCAGGUUCCCUGGUUCACCAUCAUGACCGAGGUUGGCGCAUGCUACGCCACCAACUCCCUGGCAAUCCCUGAUGAUGCUAUCGAGACAUUCGGGAAGCCAGGCGUGAACCAGACCAGCCUGUUCCCCCUGACUUGCAAGUAUUCGUCCCUCAACUGCUACGUCACCAUUGAGGUGGCCGUGCCUAUUCUGUUAUACAUCCACUCCCCCUACGACAUCCUGAACCCGAAGGCCAGUCCGAUCGAAGGCCAGCCACGGCAGGAGAGGGCCACAGAGUUCAGCGUCAUCGAGAGUGGGUGCGGGCGCGGUGUGAGGGAACUGAACCCGAGACGACGCCGCUGCUUGUACACCGACGAGCCGCAAGCGAGAUUCCGACAGCCACGGCAGGAGAGGGCCACAGAGUUCAGUGUCAUCGAGAGUGGUUGCGGGCGCGGCGUGCGGGAACUGAACCCGAGACGGCGGCGCUGUCUGUACACCGACGAGCCGCAAGCGAGAUUCCGACAGGUGUACGGCACCAACAGCUGCCGGCGUUUGUGCCGAAACCAAGAGGCCCUGCGCGACUGCAACUGUAAACCCUUCUACAAUUACUAUGAAGAUGGCGUUGCGUGUUCUUUGCGCGGCAUGCGUUGCCUCGCCCUACGCUCGGCGCGCGAGGCAGAACACGCGACUUCCGAGGCAGCUCGCGUUAAAGCUACGAAACAAGCUGCGCGCAUACAACCUGUCGUCACUAAAGGUGAUAUAGAAGUAAUGCCGCCAGGGAAGAUUGUGGACGGCUGCAAAUGCCCUCUGAUGUGCGUCGACGCGCUCUUCGAGAUGCUCUCCUUAGUUACGAAGAAACUGGAUGGACCCUUCAGCAUCAACGGAGUCACCCGCGUCAAGGUACAGGCUCCCCGCACUCGCUACACCAGAGAAAUCGUCUUCUACUUCCAGGACCUCAUUGUGUCGUUCGGUGGAGCCACGGGACUGUUCCUAGGUGCCAGCUUCAUCAGUUUCGUUGAGAUCGUGUUUUUCGCGGCAGAAUGGCUUAUUGGGCCUGUCCGCCAUGAUCAGACGGAACUUCCGGUGAAGAAGCCGAAGGCAUCUCACGAGCAAGCCAGGAUCCAGCAUCUUAACGCCAUUUUGGAGGGUCAAAGCCUUCCAGCCACACCAAGAUACUGGCAUUCGCAUCUUCAUAUAUAAUUUAAAAUGCUGCCACCGAUGAAGAGCGGCUAGAUGACCGGAGAACUAAACUGAGGACCAGGGUCAUAUCAAUUUAUCUCUCACUCUUAUUUA